AUGUCCAGUCCUAAGGCCGAUGAAGUCCUAUACGCAUAUAUUGCUGUGGCCCCCCAUGCUGUGAGCUUGUUGCUAAUACGGGACGACAAUGGCCUUCGAAAGCCAGUCUAUUAUGUGAGCAAGUCGCUGCAUAAAGCUGAGGUUAGAUACUUACCCCUGGAGAAGGCCAUACUGGCUGUGGUCCAUGCUACGCGAAAGUUUCCCCAUUAUUUCCAAGCCCACAAAAUAGUUGUUCUAACCCAACUACCCUUGAAGUCCGUACUUCGGACCUCUGAUUACACUAGAAGGAUUGCCAUAUGGAGAACAAUCCUGGGAGCUUUUGACAUUAAGUACAUGCCUCAGACCUCCAUAAAGGGCCAAGUCCUAGCUGACUUGGUGGCCGAAUUUGCUGAACCACCAGUAGAAACAGUAGCAGAGGAGCGUAACAUGGAUGGGAAAUCGAUUGGGGUAAUCUCUACGCCAGGACCCCCAUGUUGGAAGGUGUACAUUAAUGGCACAGCAAAUCAAAGGGGGUCCGGAUUGGGGCUAGUCCUAAUAUCUCCUAAGAAGACUAUCAUAGAGAAAUCCCUAAGACUUGGGUUCUCGGCCACGAAUAACGAAGCCGAGUAUGAGGCUUUGUUACAAGGAAUGGCCAUGGUGCAGAAAAUGGGAGGAAAAGCAGUGGAGAUGUUCUCGGACUUGAGACUAGUAGUGGGCCAGGUAAAGGGGGAGUUAGAAGCCAAAGACGCAAGGAUGCAAGAGUACUUAAGCCAGGUCAAACGCUUGCAGUCAGACUUCGAUCUUUUCAGCCUGUCACACGUCUCCAGAAGUGGAAACACUCAUGCAGAUUCAUUGGCCAUGCUUGCUACCUCCUCGGCAGAGGGUCUGCCUCGAAUUAUUCUUGUUGAGCAUCUGGAUAGAGCAAAUGAAGUAGCAAAGGGCAUGGUCCAAAUCCAUGAGGUUAGAGUGGGUCCUAGCUGGAUGGACCCUAUAGUGAGGUUCCUCAAAGAUAAUGUCCAGCCUGAGGAGAAAUCAGAAGCUGAAAAAAUACGAAGAAACACCCCUCGGUUCUGGUUGUCCGAGGAUCACAAAUUGUAUAAGCGCUCCUAUCUAUAUUUACUGUGUAUUCACCCAAAAGCAUCAGAGUUACUGCUUGAAGAGCUGCACGAAGGGAUUUAUGGGAGUCACACAGAAGAAAGAUCUCUGUCACACCGAGCCAUUACCCAGGGAUAUUAG